GUCCGACUAAGCCCAACUUAUUUACAGCGCGCCCGCGCCUGGAAAAGAAUACCCGAGGCGGAGCUACCACAACAACAAUGCCGAAAAGCCGCAAAAGAAAGCAGCAGGUGGAGGUUGACCACCACCCAAAACCUCCAACCAAAACACCCAAAACCACCAAAGAGACUCCAAAGGACCCAUACCCGAAUCACGCCCGACCCACCCGAGAAGAAUGCGUGUCCGUCCGAGACGACCUCUUGGCCCUCCACGGCUUCCCCCAAGAGUUCGCCAAGUACCGAGAACAGCGACUGAGUUCUCAAACAUCCAACGGCUGCGACGCUGCCGUCAGUUCAGAGCCGUCGGAUGAAAAAGAGAGUGUCUUGGAUGGUUUAGUGAGAACUCUAUUGUCUCAGAAUACCACGGAAGCUAAUUCCCAGAAAGCCUUUGCUUCUCUCAAGUCAGCUUUUCCAACUUGGGAAGAGGUUUUGGCUGCUGAUUCACAAAGCUUAGAGAGUGCCAUAAGAUGUGGUGGUUUAGCUAAGACCAAAGCUUCUUGUAUUAAGAACAUGCUGAGUUGUUUGCUGGCGAAGAAGGAAAAGCUUUGCUUGGAGUACCUGCGAGAUUUGUCAGUUGAUGAAAUUAAGGCUGAGCUCUCUCAUUUCAAAGGAAUAGGUCCAAAAACGGUGGCUUGUGUUUUAAUGUUCCAACUUCAGCAAGAUGAUUUUCCUGUGGACACCCAUGUGUUUGAGAUUGCAAAGGCUAUGGCUUGGGUUCCAGUUGGAGCAGACAGGAAUAAGACAUAUCUUCAUCUUAACCAAUGGAUACCAGAUGAACUUAAAUUUGAUCUGAACUGCCUUCUGUAUACACAUGGUAAGCUCUGCCGCAAGUGCAUCAAGAAAGGAGGUAGCACUGGUAAGCAGCAAGAAAAGGAAUCCGAGGAUAUCAAUUCCUGUCCUUUAUUACGUUACUGUAAGUAAAUUGUAAGUUGUCUCCCUUAAGGUUGAGAGAGAAGAGCAUCUUCGUUUUAAGAAAGUGGAGAUUAUGGUAAAUCUGUAAAAGAUGAUGUUAAGGGUUCCAACUUCAUGUAUGCAAUCUGCAAUGAAGUCGUGUAAUCAACAUUAGUACAUAAUAGACUAGUUAUUAGCCAUGAUGCAGUUUUCUCUGCGUCUACAACUUUGAUUUCCAUUUGAAUGGGUAGAAUUAGAAACAGUUCUGUUAUCUCAGUGAAUUAUGGAGGCCAAUAGACUUUUAUAUAUGUUAAUAUUUGCUUACAGCAUCAA